GUUUGAGAUGUUUUUCACGAGAGACGACGCCUAGUACUCGCCUUCUUCCCCUUUUGACACGAGUGGCCACUCCUUCGUCCGCGCAGGGAGUGGAACCUACAUGGAUAUCGCAAAUAUGGCGCGUCCGGCAGUGGACGAGCUGCUCUUGAAUCUCCGGAACGCUCCUGUGGACAACGCCGGUGCCUCGGACGCUGUGCUGGGAAGCGUCUUCAGCUACCUGAUGGAGGUUCCGAACAGUGCUGAAGAUGGGCACCUGCAUUGGUUCUGCCAUCGUGCCACGUCCACAACCGUUGGUGCAGCAACCUUCCUCCUGCGACUCUACGCCUACGAGAGCGCACUUGUUCUUCAAUGGAGGCGGAAGUUUCGAGAUUGCGUUAGGGAAUGUCCGCAAUGUGCGCUGAGCUUAGAGGACGCGAAGAUCACUGCUAGAAAGACAUACUUCGCAGCCUUUCCAGAGGACAUUCUGUCCAGUUUCUUUGCAAGAUUCGAGGAUUGGGAUCGUAGCUGCGAUAUCGAAGAUUUCAAGGACUGUUCCCUGGCAGGUGCCCCUGCAGGCCUCAGUUACAGAAUUGUAUCCCAUUUGGCUGUGCUACAAGACGAGAAAGUGCUAUCCGCGAUCCAUCGUGAGCCACUGAAAGCCAUCUUUGAAGCGUGGCCUGCGGAUCCUGUCCCCUGCGGCCUGAUUCUCCUGCUAUGCGAUGAACAUGCAGAGGUGAGAGCCUGGGCCGAAAUGCAGGCAGCACGGGCCACAGUCGUGCCAAUAUCGAAACCCCAAUUCUCGAGCGCUCAUGUUGCUGCUGUUGAUUCAAUCGUGGCGGCGUUGGACGUCAAUAGCAGCCCGUCUAAGACCAACUCGUUUUCUUUCACCACAGACCGGAAUGUUCUUUGGUCGGGAUUUCGUCGAGUGCUUGGUAUGGUGCCCACAGAAUACCUCGAGGCAGGAACCUUGUACAGGAGUGUGAAUGGGCAUCUGCAUGAUACCGGUCCUCAAUUUACUGUAAUCCUCGGGUGCUUCGAGUAUCUAACAAAGCAUGUGGCCUCCGCUUUCUGGUCCGAGGACCCCAACUAUCCCCAAGUCAUUUUUGACGCUAUCAAAGAGAAUCCGACUUUCAUCUCCUCUGUCCCCAGAGUAGAUAAUACCUCGUUGACCACCCCUCUGCCGUCCUUCUCUUGGUGCCCUGCGUUUCUCUCCGCGUUGAAUAACCAGCCAUCUCAAGGCGAAGUUAUUGCCAAGUUGGCGGACCUUCUGUGCGAGGAAUUGCAGCAUGAGCGCUUUGCGGGAGGCCGACCAGCUAUUUUGCGGACAGCCAUCCAUCUGUUCGACGGUCUGUUUGGAGAUCCGCAAGUGCCCGUUCUCGCCUUGUCCAAAGUGUUCGAUAUCCAUGGUGGCAUUAUCCUGGAAGCAGCCUUUACCAACUCGGCCAGUCAAAAUAAGGUGCCCGCCAGGACGCUGGUGAGGACCGUCCUGGAACGAGAUGUCCUCAUCAUCAAGCAAGCGCAACACUCGCUCAUGGAUGCGUUGGUGAAUAACCUGGUGAUCACCUCGGACCCCGUCCCGCUUGUCGGCGGGGCAAGUGUCUGGAAGAGAGUGUAUCAGAGUUUGAAGCCGGAGGAUUCAGAUGGGAUGGAGAUGAUCCUGCAUGUGCUAUCUCAGACUUCCUGCUGGGACUUGCUUACCCCGAAGCCUUAUCGGUUCAAGAAUAGGAACCAACUGGGCGUGAACCGAGCCAUGGCUGUCCUUUGGGACGGGCUCCAAGAUUGUUUUGCUCGGUUCAACGAGAAUAGCAGGGCAAGUUCUCUGCAGGAGCUUCUGCAGCGACCGCAAGUUGCCGAGCACGCCUUUUUCUUGCUCUUUUCCCCCAAGCCCGAGGUCGCGAUCGGGAUCGAGAAUCUGGUUGGGCUUGCCUUCGAUGUCGUUGAGGGACGACAGGCCACCUACCGCGAGCUGUUGCGGCGAUAUCCCGACGGGGCACUCGACGGAUUGUGCAACUCCAUUCGUGCAUUCAUCCGAUAUGCUUCGAAUGUCCCCGAAGCCUGCAAUCUCUCCAAACACAUGGUUCUCUAUCUGCAUGAUGUGCUGGAAGCCUUGUGCUCUCGGCCGGAUGGACUAUUGUACAACCGCGACUUUCUUCGACCUGCGGAUCAAAGCGGUCCCCACUCCCGCAUCUCUACACUGUGGAAGCACAUGACGGAGGCCCUCGCGAUCAUCUUCAAACGGACACCGCACUGGGCGGAAUACUUUGUCAACGAGGAGAUGAUACAGUGGAUGCGGGACUCGCUCAUAUAUGGCCGAGAUCUGCUUGCACGUUUAAGGGUGUUUGAGACGGCUGCAAAUGUGAAGGGCGGGUUGAACGGAUCGAAACGACUCUCUGAUGCCGGUCGUAUUAUGGUGGAUAAUCUGCAGCGCGUUCUGCCGGAGCUGACUAGAUGGCUGCGUCUGUCGGACGAGGAACUGCUCUACCAGGGCUUUGAGCUCCUGCAGUCUCUGCUCGAAACGUUCCAUGACGUUAAAGUUCCCCCUCUGGAGACGAGUCUGCAAAAACUGCAGAAAUACGUCAACACUGCGCUCAAAGACAAGUCGAAAAGUCGGCUAGACGCGGGCCGACUGGGAAACCUCCAGAACACGCUUUCCCUCUUCCUUCCGGAGGAUGACGAGAUCCAGAUCAUCGAGAAACCCAUCGAACCUAAACGGGACAAACCAGUGCUGUUGCCUGAACGAAGCGGUCCGUCGAAGCCUAAACCCAAGAUCGACGACAAAUCGUUCACGGCGGAAGACCAGAAACGACUCGACCGUGCUGUCUCCCAACCGACGUAUCGAAAUAUCCCAUCGAAGACAACGACAACUUCCGUUGCAUCGAGUGACAAGGAUGAUGAGAGUGCGUCAUCCUCGGACGAGGAAGAUGACGACCAGCCACCGGGUGGCGCGCUAGCUAGUCUUUCGACGCUGCAGAAGUCGCCGAAAAUCAAGUACAAGCAUCGCGCGCCGCAGCGAGGGAUCAAGAUGAUGGAAAUGCCUGGCUUGAACACUAACCCGGCCAUCCUACGGGCGGAACGGCAGAGACAGGAGCGGGUGCGGUAUCAGCGACUGAAGCCCGAUGUGACACCGCUCUAUGAGACUAUUCUCAAGUGGGACUAUCGCCACACGGAGGCUCGGCCUGCCAAUCUCGAGAGGAAGCUGAUGGGGGUGGCCGACAAGCACUUCAGCAACUACGAUCACUACAAGGCUGUAUUUGAGCCGCUGCUGCUACUCGAAUGCUGGGCUCAGCUCCUGCAAGGGAAGGAAGAGACACCCGAAGCUUACACGGUCAAAAUCGAAUCUCGCUCCCACGUCGAUUCUUUCUUGGACCUGGAGACUUCGUUGAGCGGGAGUGUCAAAGCCGACUGGCGGCUGUCAGAUUCGGACAUCGUGUUGGUGGAGAAUGGCAAGCUGGCCAUUUUGUGCAAGGUCGAGUCCUACAAGACACCGCCGCGGAAGGACAUCGAGGCCAAAUUGCGGUGCAGCUCUCAGAUCAAAGACCCGGGCGAGCUUGCAAUCGGGUCUCAGUGGCGGCUAUCCAAGGUUCUCAACACGAGUACAAUCGUUCGGGAAUAUUCUGCGUUGAUUGGUCUGCAGUACUACGACCUCUGUCAAGGGAUCGUCCAACCGUCCUUGCCAGCAUUGCGCCGACCGAACGGGGAAGCCGUGACACGCAUCAUGAAGCAACACAAUGUCAAUGAGCCCCAAGCUGUGGCCAUCUCCAGUUGUCUGGACACCAAAGGUUUCUCAUUGAUCCAGGGACCUCCGGGAACAGGCAAAACAAGCACCAUCGUUGCUCUUGUGAUGUCUUUCAUCGCCCGACGGCCUUCCAAAGUCGUGGUUCCAAACGUCAAGAACGGCAGACAAGAGCCGACGCUGAUCCCGCAAAUUCUCAUCUGUGCACCGUCCAAUGCGGCCAUUGACGAGAUAGCACAGCGAAUACGGGACAAGGAUAGCUUCAAAGCAGGCGAUCGCAGCAUCAUCCGACUGGGGACUCUCAAAUCAAUGAACCCCAACGUGGUCGACAUUUCGCUCGAUCAAAUCGUGGACAGCAAACUCGAUCUCAACAAGCAAUCGAAUGUAAACACUGAGCUGAUGAAUCUGAGGGCUGAACGCUCUGCGAUCCAGGCCCUGCGGCAAGAGAAGGCGGCGGAGAUCGAGAAAGUCAACGAGUCCUCGCCGAGAUAUCAAUCCAUCCUCCAGGAGCGUGCGGAACUCAACAGGAAACUGGCUGAUUUGAACCGGAAGUUCAAUGAGGCGAAUGAUGCUCGGCAGAAAGAAGCGCGAGGACUGGAUAUGAGCCGGAGAAACUACCGUCUCCAAGUGCUCCAGAGUGCAGACGUCAUCUGUGCCACACUGAGCGCUUCGGGGGCGGAUAUUCUGCAGGAUCUCGACAUCAGCAUGGUCAUAAUCGACGAGGCAUCUCAGGCGAUCGAGCUCAGCUCCCUGAUCCCUCUAAAAUACCAACCGAAGCACACCGUACUAGUUGGCGAUCCUCAGCAAUUGCCGCCUACAGUUCUCUCACAAGAGGCGACGAGGCUUGGAUAUAACCAGUCGUUGUUUGUUCGCCUGCAGCGAUGCUCCCCGAACUCGAUGCAUAUGCUCAGCAUACAGUACCGAAUGCAUCCGAUCAUUUCCAAACUCCCUAGUAGGAUUUUCUAUCAGAACAGGCUGCAGGAUGGACCAGGGAUGCAGGAGAAAACUGCUCGGCCGUGGCACCGAGAUCCCAAGUUCGGCGUGUACCAAUUCUUGGACAUGGAGUCCAAUGAAGAAAGGAGUGGUCGCUCAAUCAAAAACACGGCUGAGUGCCGCCUGGCGGUUUCGCUGUUCUCGCGAUUGAUCAAGGCAUUUCCCACUGUUGAUUUAACGGGCCAAGUUGGAGUCAUCUCUAUGUACCGUGGCCAAAUUAUGGAUAUCCGUCAGCGCUUCAUUCAGGCGUUCGGAUCGGAAGUUCUCCAGCAAGUAGACUUCAAUACCGUCGACGGAUUCCAGGGCCAAGAGAAGAGCAUCAUCAUUCUGUCCUGUGUCCGGUCUGGGCGGCGAUCCGACACGAUUGGUUUCCUGUCGGACACCCGCCGUAUGAAUGUCGCUCUGACCCGUGCCAAGAGCUCCCUCUUCAUUCUCGGCAACGCUGCGACGCUGUCGAGGAGCGAUAAAGUGUGGGCAGAUAUCGUGGCUGACGCAAAGGAAAGAAACAGCUUUGUCACGGUCGAUCCGGGGUACUUCACAGCUCCAUCGGUCCCUCGUGCCAGUCUCCCCAAGUCUCCCAACAAACAAAUCGCGGCCCCGGCCGUUCCCGCAGAUCUCCAGACGCCCCAAGACCUCAAGGCGUCCAUGAAAGCUGGGAGCAGCAGCGCUGCAGGUUCCACGCUGAAGAGGAAAUCUCUACCUGAAGACGCGGAAUCUUCGGUCCCCAAAUACAAAAAACCUAAUCCCGAUCCGAAUCCGAAUCUGGAUCCUGGAACCAAUACAAAUGCAAAUGCAAAUUCAAAUUCGAAUUCAAAUCCCAAUCUGAACUCGAACCCAAAUCUUCCGAAACCGAAACCAAAGCCGCCACGUCCGAAAGAUGCUGGCGCGAACUUGUUCAUCCCUAAAAAGAAGCGAUAGAGUCGAGCUGUAUCAACAAUUUAUACAUUCACUAAUCAGCACUGUAUACAUACUCAUCUUGUACUAUCUGAUCUCUGAUAUGAGGGACAUCCGGAUUCAAGUCAG